AUGAUCAAAGAAUACCGUAGGAUUAAUAUAAGUUUCUACAAGUCACAAGGUACCAGUUACUACCUUCUAUUAUCUGUCUAUUUAAUAAGUAUAAUAGGAUACUCCCCAAUAUUUUACUUGCUGGGAGCACUAAAGAAAAAGAGGAAAAUUACAAAAACAAAAAUGUCACGUAGAAAUGAAGCAAUUGAUUUUGCCAUCAAAAAGAUACCAGAGAUAUUACCAUUGGAAAAGCAAGAAAUUCAAGAUCUAUGCAAUCAAAUUCUAGACAAUAAUCAUAAUCCAGAUUCUAUUGCAUAUGCCUUUUUCAAUAUUUUGGGACAGGAAGAUUUAUCUUUUCAAUUUGUCUUGGAAUUUAAUGAUAUUUUGAAUAACAUAAAGAAAGAUUCAAUUAUUGAAAAACUAGAAGAGCAAAAACAUAAGAAUCAAAAAGAUGAUAAUGAACUUAUUGAUAUUCAGAAAAGCAAUGAUAAUAGAGUGGUUGGGAAUCGGGAAACUAUUGAACAAGCACCACUUAUUCAAAUAAGUCAAAAAAAUACGAUAGUUCAAAAGCCAAUGGUUGCGAAAAAUUUUGAUAAGAAACAAUCAACUAAUAGAAAAAGAGAAACUCAAACAUCAUCUAAAAAAAAUAAAUUAAAAUCAUUGGAAGAAAUCGAAGACGCCGUCAGAUAUUUAAGUGCAACUCAUGAGGAAAAGGAUAGUGGUAAGUAUAAAUGUUCAUGUUUAGGGAAAUUACAUCCAAUUUUCUCAAUUGCUCCAAAUUGUCUUUCUUGUGGAAAAAUUAUAUGUGUUAGAGAAGGAUUACAUUUAAAUAAUUGUACAUUUUGUGGUGCUGAACUAAUCCCCUUUAAUGAACGUAUGCAAUUAAUAGAAGCUUUAAAAGAAGAAGAGAAUUCUAUAAACAAUAGUUCAAAUACUAAACCAGGAAAAGAACAAGGAAUAUGGGAGAAUAAAAAAAAGUCUUCUAAAACAUAUAAAAUCUCGACAGGUAUGGGUAAGAAUCUUUUUGAUCAACAAGAUAAAUUGUUUGAUUUGAUUGAAAGACAAAAGGAACGUGAAAGAAAGAGAGAGCAAGUUUUAAAAGAAAGAGAUGAACAAGAAAAAUUAAAGGAUACAAUUAAGGCAAAUGCUGAUAAUAAACAAGACGAAAUAAUAGAUGAAGAUUUAAGAAAAGCUCAGGAACGUCUUGAAAACUUACUUCAUUUCCAAGAUACCUCUGCAGAAAGGACAAAAAUCAUUGAUAAUGCAAGCGAUUUCAGCAUAUCGAAUGAUGUUGGUCUUUGGGGUAGUGCAAGAGAAAAAGCAUUAUUGCUAAAAAAACAACAACGUAAUUUAAGGAAAUGGGAAAAAUUAGAACGUGAAAGAAAUGGUAGAAAAGAUAAAUAUGUUGUUAGUUUAGAUAUUAAAGCAGAUGGAAAAGUGAUUAUGAAGGAAACUGUAAAAGACAACAAUGAAAUUUACGCUCAAUCUGAUGAUGACAUUAAUGAUAUAAGUGAUGAGGAAGAUAUCAAGGAUUUACAAGCUAUUCAUGAUUAUAAAAACCAGUUAUCAACAGAAAGAGAGAUACAGAAUUCCACUUUACAAUCGAAAAUUUGGGAGUAUGAGAGAGAUAAAGAACAAUUUGAACGUCCAAUAUAUAUUGGUAGUGAUGGUGAAGUAUUUAAUACUGAAAAUAAACAAAAGGAUAAAUCAACUUGGAAGUCUAGAGUUCAAGUAAAUAAUAGCGGUGAUAUGUCUGUAGAACAGAAUAUUUUAGCAGUAUUAUAG